AUGGUGCGCGUGCCCGGAUCUUCUGAGGCCUCUGGAUUUCACCGUGAGUCCACUGGCGAAGAUGUCAAGAUUAAGCAAGAACCUGGGAUUGAAGUGUCAGCGACAAAGGGAUCGACGCAGACACGCAGAAGCACAAGAUCCUCAGAUCAUCAGAGUUUUGGGAGGGGCUCUGAUGAAAUGAAAAUGAAAGAGGAAGAUCGAGAGAUCGAUCUGGAAGAUAAACCUCAAUUCCCUCCUAGGGUCCCUUCGGGGUCCACCGCAGAUCGCUCUGCAAAGAGCGAUCUGCUGGAUAAAAAUCCAAUGGUGAAAACCAAAUCGGCGAAAGCCAAACCCUAUAUCUUAGUCGAUAGAUCGCCCGACCUCAAGCCGAAGAGCACAAUCGCGAGAUCGACCACAUCAGAACGAUCCGCGACGAGAUCGAUGGGAUCAGAUGUCAAAGAUCGCCAGAUCGGCCGAACCGUGCAAUCAAAGAUCGGAGCCAAAGAGGAAUACGAUGAAACACCAGAUAAGAUCGCGAUGCCAAAGACGGAAUAUAACCCAAUAAAGAUCGCUUCCAGGGAGAAGGAGACGACGGGUGAAGCGCGGGAGCGUGCAAAAUGGCAGUACUAUUAUGGCCAGUUGAAGACGCUGCUCAAGACGGACCCAGUGUUCAAGAUAUUAAGGCCCAAGGUGAUUGGUCCUCUGGAUAAGCCGAUCUCGGUCCCACUUCACGGGACCAACAAAGUCGACGAGAUCAAUUUGAUUUUGCAGAUGUUGGACGACAUGGGUAUCUGCCCUGACGCUUUUGAUGGAGAUGAACUGCUGAGUUGCAGCUUGGAACAGUUUAAGGACGCGGCGAAUGAGUUUGUAGAGAUCAUGAUAAUGCUGGUGGGCAAAGCGAAUACUCCUGAGGACAAGAUCGGGACGCCCUCGGGCUCGCUCCGUAAACACCCCGCGGGAUCGCCCCGCUACGCCUCGGAUGACUCCGAGAGCGAGUCAGAUGGAUCCAUCAGCAUUCGUCAGAUGUCUCUAGGACCAUCGGGUGGAAGGUUCUUAAAGGACAAGAUCGGAAAAGCCAAGAUCGACGCCUAUAAGGGACAAGCCAAGAGCAACAUGCCGCAGAGAUCGGCCAGUACCCGCACUGGGUUGGAGGAUCAAGAAGAGGGCGAUCUAAGUCGGUACUUCAAUUCAGCCAUGAAGAAGUACGAGGCGGAUCAACGUACAGCUCAGCGAAUGAAUCGACAGCCAAACCGCUACCCAGAUCGACGUACUUUGCUCAAACCUUCACACGAAAGCCUUGACAUGCCGGAUGUGGAGAUGGAGUCGGUGGGGUCGGACAUUUACCAACAUAUCCAUGAGGGGGCGGAAUACGACCCGGAUGAUCUAUGGAUGCCCGAACCACGGCGCCCUCAUGUAGCCGCGACCGGUGCGACUACCGGAGGGGGAAGCAUCACGCAGAGGAUCAGAAUCUCAGCGAUUUCUGAGCUGAAAGAAUUCUCAGGGAAGGAUCGGGAAGAAGACAAAGCACGGACCUGGAUCGGCAAAGUGAAAUCAGCGUUUAUCCGGGACCAAGCACCGGACGAGGAGAGAUGUCUGGUCUUCGGUGAUCUCAUGGUGGGCCCAGCCCGCUACUGGUACCGACAGCUGAGUAGAUCGACGAGAUUCAAUUGGAAAGAAUUGAUGAACAGUUUUCUUGUGGAGUAUGCAGGACACGAGAUGUACGCGAGCAGGCAGUACUACCACGAAAAGAAACGAUCGGAGGAAGAUCCUUUACAGUACCUGUAUAGGCUUAAUGUGAUUGGAAUGCAGGCGAAGAUACCGGUGAUGACUGCAUUGCCAGCUGCGCGCAAGGAACAUGUCAACCAUUUCAUUGACACCUUGGACGACCCCGAUCUGUCCAAUCAAUUGCUACUGCUGAAUGUAGAAGACGCGGGAGCCAUGCAAAAGACACCGCACGGAUAUCAACAAGGGAGAUCGCGUCAAGGGAAAGUGAUGAUGGGAUCGUCCAAGUUCAGGCAGAAGGGAACUCAAAGUCCAGCGCUGUCUAAGUCUGCACGAGCGGUAAGGAUGGUCCGUACCGAGGACGUCUGCAGCGAGUCAGGAUCGGACACCUGCGGAUCGGAUUUGGAAGAUCGAUUGAGAUCGAUCCAUGUGGCUGCUACUGCGGAUCGCCGUUCAUCCCCAAUGACGUUGCAGCAAACGCGAGAUCGGUCGACCCGAACACUCGUCAAGACUAUCAAGAUCGCAAUAUUCCAUUGA